AUGGCUUCCAACAAAACUUCUUUUCAUUCGGCUCUUGCGGUAUCAAACAUCAGGAAUCAUGUUUCCAUUGUUCUUGAAAUGGAAAAUGUUCAAUAUUCGACAUGGGCGGAACUCUUCAAGAUUCACGCACGCUCAACCAAGGUGCUUGAUCAUAUCAUACCUCCGGCCAACGGCACGGGGAUGGUUCCUUCUACCGAGGAAGAGAGGGAGCUAUGGUCAACUUUGGAUGCCACGGUUCUUUCGUGGAUUUAUGCUACCAUUUCUAGUGACUUAUUGCACACCAUUAUUGAGCCCGACUCAACGGCUAUGGAGGCUUGGGAUAGAUUGCGUGAUAUAUUCCAAGAUAAUCAACAUUCUCGUGAUGUUGCCUUGGAGCAAGAAUUCUCCGCCACUUCUAUGGAGAAUUUCCCAAAUGUUUCCUCUUAUUGUCAACGUCUCAAAUCUCUAGCAAAUCAAUUGAAGAACGUUGGGGCUCCGGUGUCUAAUAGUCGACUAGUAUUGCAAUUGGUUGAGGGUCUUACACAACCGUACCGUGGAGUGGGUAUGUUGAUUCGUCAAAGCAACCCCCUUCCUCCCUUUUACAAGGCUCGUUCCAUGCUCACUCUUGAAGAGGCCGGGAUGGCAAAGGAACAUUCGAAGGGAAAAAAUGGUGUGCAACAUUCUGGUGGCGGACGACGCAACAAUGGGGGAGGUUGGAAGAAUGCUGGUUCUGGUGGUGGCCGGAACUCGACCGGCGGUAAAGGCGGUGGUCGGGGGCAGUCCUCUGGUGGCCACGGUGAAACCACUCCUCCGCAAUGGCAACAGUAG